AUGAAUACUGGAAACCACACUGGUAUUAGCUACCCCAUCUUCCGCCUGCUGGGCAUCCCAGGCCUGGAGGACCAGCAUGUGUGGAUCUCCAUCCCCUUCCUCAUUUCCUAUGCCACCGCCCUGCUCGGGAACAGCCUGCUCAUCUUCAUCAUCCUCACAAGGCCUAGUCUCCAUGGCCCCAUGUACCUCUUCCUCUGCAUGCUGGCGGGAGCAGACAUCGUCCUGUCCACAUCCACAGUUCCCCAGGCCUUGGCCAUCUUCUGGCUCCACGCUGGCGAGAUCUCGCUGGGUCGCUGCAUCACUCAGCUCUUCUUCAUCCAUUCCACCUUCAUCUCUGAGUCAGGGAUCUUGCUGGUGAUGGCGUUUGACCGUUACAUUGCCAUUUGCUACCCCCUGAGGUACACCACUGUUCUCACGAACUCCCUGAUUGGGAGAAUUGGAGUGAUCAUCUUUCUGAGAAGCUAUGGUACAAUUUUCCCCAUAAUAUUUCUUCUGAAAAGAUUGACUUUCUGCAAAAAUAGUAUAUUCCCCAACACUGGCUGUAAGCACAUUGUCUUGGCUCACGCUUCCUGUGAUGACAUCUGGAUAAAUAUCUGGUAUGGUUUCUUUGUCCUAAUGUCGACAGUGGUCUUAGAUAUUGUCCUGGUUUUCAUUUCCUACGUGCUGAUCCUCCGGGCCAUCUUCCGCUUGCCUUCCCAGGAUGCUCGCCACAAGGCACUCAACACUUGUGGCUCCCAUGUCUGUGUCAUCAUCCUCUUCUAUGGGCCUGGGAUCUUCACCACACUUACUCAGAGGUUCGGACACCACAUCGCACACCAUGUCCAUGUUCUCCUGGGCAAUGUUUGCAUUCUGGCUCCGCCUAUGCUGAAUCCUAUCAUUUAUGGGGUCAAAACCAAACAGAUCCGGGACCAGGUGGUUCAGGUAUUACUUUCAAGGCAAAAAUAA